AUGCCAACCCCGGGGGCACAAAGGGAUUUGAGGAGGGGCACAGAGGGAAACGAUCCCGGGAUUGAUCCUGGGAUUGAUCCUGGGAGGGAAACCCGGAUCCCUCGAGGGGGAGACGAUCCCAGGGUUGAUCCUGAGGGGGAAAUCUGGUCCUGCAGGGGAGGAAACGAUCCCGGGAUUGAUCCUGGGAUUGAUCCUGGGAGGGAAACCCGGAUCCCUCGAGGGGGAGACGAUCCCAGGGUUGAUCCUGAGGGGGAAAUCUGGUCCUGCAGGGGAGGAAACGAUCCCGGGAUUGAUCCUGGGAUUGAUCCUGGGAGGGAAACCCGGAUCCCUCGAGGGGGAGACGAUCCCAGGGUUGAUCCUGAGGGGGAAAUCUGGUCCUGCAGGGGAGGAAACGAUCCCGGGAUUGAUCCUGGGAUUGAUCCUGGGAGGGAAACCCGGAUCCCUCGAGGGGGAGACGAUCCCAGGGUUGAUCCUGAGGGGGAAAUCUGGUCCUGCAGGGGAGGAAACGAUCCCGGGAUUGAUCCUGGGAUUGAUCCUGGGAGGGAAACCCGGAUCCCUCGAGGGGGAGACGAUCCCAGGGUUGAUCCUGAGGGGGAAAUCUGGUCCUGCAGGGGAGGAAACGAUCCCGGGAUUGAUCCUGGGAUUGAUCCUGGGAGGGAAACCCGGAUCCCUCGAGGGGGAGACGAUCCCAGGGUUGAUCCUGAGGGGGAAAUCUGGUCCUGCAGGGGAGGAAACGAUCCCGGGAUUGAUCCUGGGAUUGAUCCUGGGAGGGAAACCCGGAUCCCUCGAGGGGGAGACGAUCCCAGGGUUGAUCCUGAGGGGGAAAUCUGGUCCUGCAGGGGAGGAAACGAUCCCGGGAUUGAUCCUGGGAUUGAUCCUGGGAGGGAAACCCGGAUCCCUCGAGGGGGAGACGAUCCCAGGGUUGAUCCUGAGGGGGAAAUCUGGUCCUGCAGGGGAGGAAACGAUCCCGGGAUUGAUCCUGGGAUUGAUCCUGGGAGGGAAACCCGGAUCCCUCGAGGGGGAGACGAUCCCAGGGUUGAUCCUGAGGGGGAAAUCUGGUCCUGCAGGGGAGGAAACGAUCCCGGGAUUGAUCCUGGGAUUGAUCCUGGGAGGGAAACCCGGAUCCCUCGAGGGGGAGACGAUCCCAGGGUUGAUCCUGAGGGGGAAAUCUGGUCCUGCAGGGGAGGAAACGAUCCCGGGAUUGAUCCUGGGAUUGAUCCUGGGAGGGAAACCCGGAUCCCUCGAGGGGGAGACGAUCCCAGGGUUGAUCCUGAGGGGGAAAUCUGGUCCUGCAGGGGAGGAAACGAUCCCGGGAUUGAUCCUGGGAUUGAUCCUGGGAGGGAAACCCGGAUCCCUCGAGGGGGAGACGAUCCCAGGGUUGAUCCUGAGGGGGAAAUCUGGUCCUGCAGGGGAGGAAACGAUCCCGGGAUUGAUCCUGGGAUUGAUCCUGGGAGGGAAACCCGGAUCCCUCGAGGGGGAGACGAUCCCAGGGUUGAUCCUGAGGGGGAAAUCUGGUCCUGCAGGGGAGGAAACGAUCCCGGGAUUGAUCCUGGGAUUGAUCCUGGGAGGGAAACCCGGAUCCCUCGAGGGGGAGACGAUCCCAGGGUUGAUCCUGAGGGGGAAAUCUGGUCCUGCAGGGGAGGAAACGAUCCCGGGAUUGAUCCUGGGAUUGAUCCUGGGAGGGAAACCCGGAUCCCUCGAGGGGGAGACGAUCCCAGGGUUGAUCCUGAGGGGGAAAUCUGGUCCUGCAGGGGAGGAAACGAUCCCGGGAUUGAUCCUGGGAUUGAUCCUGGGAGGGAAACCCGGAUCCCUCGAGGGGGAGACGAUCCCAGGGUUGAUCCUGAGGGGGAAAUCUGGUCCUGCAGGGGAGGAAACGAUCCCGGGAUUGAUCCUGGGAUUGAUCCUGGGAGGGAAACCCGGAUCCCUCGAGGGGGAGACGAUCCCAGGGUUGAUCCUGAGGGGGAAAUCUGGUCCUGCAGGGGAGGAAACGAUCCCGGGAUUGAUCCUGGGAUUGAUCCUGGGAGGGAAACCCGGAUCCCUCGAGGGGGAGACGAUCCCAGGGUUGAUCCUGAGGGGGAAAUCUGGUCCUGCAGGGGAGGAAACGAUCCCGGGAUUGAUCCUGGGAUUGAUCCUGGGAGGGAAACCCGGAUCCCUCGAGGGGGAGACGAUCCCAGGGUUGAUCCUGAGGGGGAAAUCUGGUCCCGCAGGGGAGGAAACGAUCCUGGGAUCGACCCUGGGAUUGAUCCUGGGGGGGAAAUCCGGAUCCCUCGAGGGGGAAAUGAUCCCAGCAUUGACCCUGGGAUCGAUCCUGAGGGGGAAAUCUGGUCCUGCAGGGGAGGAAACGAUCCCGGGAUUGAUCCUGGGAUUGAUCCUGGGAGGGAAACCCGGAUCCCUCGAGGGGGAGACGAUCCCAGGGUUGAUCCUGAGGGGGAAAUCUGGUCCCGCAGGGGAGGAAACGAUCCUGGGAUCGACCCUGGGAUUGAUCCUGGGGGGGAAAUCCGGAUCCCUCGAGGGGGAAAUGAUCCCAGCAUUGACCCUGGGAUCGAUCCUGAGGGGGAAAUCUGGUCCUGCAGGGGAGGAAACGAUCCCGGGAUUGAUCCUGGGAUUGAUCCUGGGAGGGAAACCCGGAUCCCUCGAGGGGGAGACGAUCCCAGGGUUGAUCCUGAGGGGGAAAUCUGGUCCCGCAGGGGAGGAAACGAUCCUGGGAUCGACCCUGGGAUUGAUCCUGGGGGGGAAAUCCGGAUCCCUCGAGGGGGAAAUGAUCCCAGCAUUGACCCUGGGAUCGAUCCUGAGGGGGAAAUCUGGCCCUGCAGGGGAGGAAACGAUCCUGGGAUCGACUCUGGGAUCGCUCCUGGGGGGGAAAUCUGGGUCCCUGGAAGGGAAAUAAUCCUGGGAUCGACCCUGGGAUCGCUCCUGGGGGGAUCAGAGCUGGGAUCGGCCCCAGGGCCCGGCCUGGGGGGGAUCAGCCCCGGGGGGGCUCGGCCCCCGCCACGUGUGAAGCCACCGAGGCACAAUAAAAGCCACACGCAGAGGUGACGCUGCU